AGGAGGAGAGAAACAAGUGAGGGAAGGAGAAAGGACGAUAUCGUCAGCGGAGAAUAUUAAGACACACGGACCAGAGUCCUUAUAGUUGGAUAGCUAGCUAGUUUCAUCGAGUUAAAAACGAUGUUUUCCCUCUCGACUACCUUCCAGCCACAGGUGACUGUCCCGCUGAGCCACCUCCUCAAUGCUCUCCACUCCCUGAAGAGUUCGGCCAGCUCAGUGGCGAGUUCCUCCAUACAGAGUCUGCAGAGAGACAGGAGUCCAGAGCUGGACCUGCCGCCCUGUGAGCCCACAUGGAGCCUGAAGGACCUGGGUCUGGUAGACCUCAGAGGGAGCCAGCUGGACAAGCUGGUGAACAGACUUCUGCCCAAACCCAGCCUGGAGGAGCAGCCCAGCGCUGUCCCGGCCCAUCAGUGCUGGAAGACGUCCUACGUCUCCACAGACUCCUUCUUCCGGAACAAGCACGGGUUCUCCCACAGAGCCUUGGGUGUGUUUGGAUCUCCUGCUUUGUGCAGACAGGGUCCACUACAAUCCAUAUGUUCAGAUCUACAGCACUGGUCGGUGUGGGUCCCGAGUCGAGGCUUUAAAACACUAAAAUCCAAAACCAGGCGUCUGCAGGCUGGCUAUGAGGGUCCUGCUGAACCAGACAGCUACACUCCGACCUUCAUGAAGGGGCUCCUGGCGAGGGACAAGGGCCCUGAGGCAGAGAGUUUAGAAAAACUAAUCAAACUGAAACACCUCCCCGAGACCCAGCAAGACGCAUUCAAGACUGGAUUUGCAGAGGGUUUCUUGAAAGCCCAGGCGCUGACCCAGCGAACACAAGACUCUUUGAGGAGGACUCGGCUAAUCUUACUGGUCCUCCUCCUGCUGGGUUUAUAUGGGCUCUCAAGAACCCCCUUUUUAUCGGGUAAAGGCUCCUUUUCUGAUACUGUUCGAUUCCGCACCACGUCCGGGCUGGACGCCGCCGUGGAUCCCAUCCAGAUGAAGAACGUCACAUUCGAGCACGUCAAAGGGGUGGAGGAGGCCAAGAACGAGUUGCAGGAGGUGGUGGAGUUCCUCAGGAACCCCCAGAAAUUCACCGUGCUCGGCGGGAAGCUGCCGAAAGGCAUCCUGUUGGUGGGGCCGCCGGGCACGGGGAAGACGCUGCUGGCGCGAGCCGUGGCCGGAGAGGCCGAGGUGCCCUUCUACUACGCCUCGGGGUCGGAGUUCGACGAGAUGUUCGUGGGCGUCGGCGCCAGCCGCAUCAGGAACCUCUUCAGGGAGGCCAAAGCCAAUGCACCAUGCGUUAUCUUCAUCGAUGAGCUGGACAGCGUGGGAGGGAAGAGGAUCGAGUCUCCCAUGCACCCCUACUCCAGGCAGACCAUUAACCAGCUUCUGGCUGAGAUGGACGGGUUUAAGCCAAACGAAGGGAUCAUCAUUAUUGGGGCCACCAACUUUCCUGAAGCUUUGGAUAAUGCUCUGGUGAGGCCAGGACGCUUUGACAUGCAGGUCACGGUCCCGAGGCCCGAUGUUAAAGGCCGCACGGAGAUCCUCCAAUGGUACCUGAAAAAGAUCAAAGUAGAUUCUGCUGUUGAUGCGGAGAUCAUCGCCAGGGGAACGGUGGGAUUUUCGGGGGCGGAGCUGGAGAACCUGGUGAACCAGGCGGCCCUGAAGGCAGCGGUGGACGAGAAAGACAUGGUCACCAUGAAGGAGCUGGAGUUCGCCAAGGACAAGAUUCUCAUGGGCCCAGAGCGCAGGAGCGUGGAGAUCGACAAGAAGAACAAAACCAUCACGGCGUACCACGAGUCCGGCCACGCCAUAGUGGCGUAUUACACCAAGGACGCCAUGCCCAUCAACAAAGCCACCAUCAUGCCGCGCGGCCCCACCCUGGGCCAUGUGUCCAUGCUCCCGGAGAACGACCGCUGGAGCGAGACCCGGUCCCAGCUGCUGGCGCAGAUGGACGUCAGCAUGGGGGGCCGGGUGGCCGAGGAGCUCAUAUUCGGGAACGAGUACAUCACCACGGGUGCUUCCAGUGACUUUGAUGGGGCCACCAAAAUAGCCAAGAUGAUGGUGACCAGGUUCGGAAUGAGCGACAAGCUGGGGGUCAUGACCUACACUGACCUGUCGAAACAGAGCCCUGAAACCCAAGCUGCUAUCGAGCAGGAAGUACGAGUGCUGUUGAAGGACUCGUACGAGCGCGCCAAGAACAUCCUGAAGACCUACAGCAAGGAGCACAAGAACCUGGCGAACGCCCUGCUGACCUACGAGACGCUGGACGCCAAAGAGAUUCAGAUGGUGCUGGAGGGAAAAACGCUGGAGCCCAGAUGAUGCGUUCUGCACAGCACAGCAGAGACAAUGGAGAAUUUCACUGUACAUACGUAACAAACCGGCGCCGCGGACGUGGUGCUUAAAGACGGGGGGGGGAAAAAAGUAGUUUAUUUUCAUUGCAAACAGGACACCGUAUACAGGUUUUUAUUUGCAUCUCUGUUGAUUUUUAAAAUCGUACGGCCUUUCCUCUCGUCUCCCAUCUUUGAAAGAGUCCGGUUUCACAGGCUUCAAACCCUUCCUGGUUCACAGUAUCUCUGUAAGGUGAAACUCGGCUGGGUCAGUUUCACCUCCACAAUCUGCCGCAGUCUGUUUUUUGUUCUGUUCUUAUUACUCACAUCAAACCUCCCACCCCACCCCCACCAAAAUGUCUCUGUUGUAGGGUUUCUUAUGUGGCCAGUGGAGGCAUUUUCCCUUCUUCGGAUGGAUUUAUGUUCUUCAGGCUUCAGAGACAAAGUGCAAUAACCGAAAUUGGCUAGUGGUGACAAUCUGUUACUAGCUGCUCUGCCUCCUCUCUCUCUGUGUCACACAGCCCUUUGGUGACGGUUUUACCCAGAGUGCAUUUGAGGGGCGUCUGUGGUCAGGGGGAGGGUGUUUCACUGAUUGCCAUGCACGAUAGGGCUCUGACUGGAAACCGGGUGAUGUACUUGAUAUACCUGAGACUGAAUUUCAUGUAGUCACUAAUGGGCUGUAUUAUGUAUGCUGUGUUAGUUGAAAAGUGGCUGGAUCGGAGCAGAGAGAGAAGAGCUUUACAGUGAAACUUCCUUCAACACCUUUUAUGAAUUUAUCAGCAUAUGACUUGACAAUGAUAAUAUGUAAUGACAUAUUGUCUAUAUAUAAUAUAAGCAAGCUUCACUGUUAGUACUUAAAUUCUCUCUCCAGAGUAUUUCCUCCACAUUGGCAGGUCAGGACCUCGGUCUGUCUCUCGUAUACAUGAAGGAUUUUGAAAUGCUGUUCGAUAAGGGAGUUUCUCCAGUGAAGAUGUGCUGUAAUUAUCCAGAGGUCUGUGGAAACCAUGCAUCCUCUUCAUUUUCAGGAUUUUUGCUGAUUGGGAAGGUGUGGGAGGGUACUGAGGAUUUUUGUAGGAGGAGAUUAGAGGCAGAUUGCAUAUGUACAAAGUGAACUUUUUUCAAUGCAGGACUUAUGUACAGUUUUCACACAGUUUGAAUACAAAGAUACUGCCUUCCAGUUUUAAGAAUGUCAGUACUCUGUAGGCUUCUAUUUAAGACGAGGGAAUGAUUGACAAGAACUAUGAAACACUUCAUUCCAGGUUAGGGUGAAUUACUCUCUUCCCCUUUUAAGCAAGAAAUGAAGUCAUUCUGUCCCUUUGGGGAUUUUUCAGAUUGUGAACCGUAGUUUGGGUGUAACCAUUCUUUUAUCCAGUAUAACUUAUUUAUGUACUUUAUAAAGUACUUUGGUUGUGUGCUGAACCUCACGUACUGGUUUGAAGCACUUGUGUCUGCCAUUUUGCUGUGUUCGGAUCUGGGUGUGCGUAGAAAAUUAAAGGGGAACACUGUAUAUAAAUGUAUGUAAGGAUUUCUGUGUGUGUGAACUGCAUUGUUUCUUUUAAGUUGGAAGUGAUCUG